AUGCCACUGGAAAUCGUGACGUCUCCACUGCGAUCCUGGGAGAACGGCAUCGCCAUACUUAGUGGCAAGUCCGCAACUAAACCUCUCGUAUGGCCUGAACCAGAGCUAUCUAUCGGCCGCUACAUAGGCAAGGUCGGCAAGGAGCUAUGUUGGGUGGCCAAAGGCCCAGCGAGAGACGCAUUCGCGGCGCUGGCUCCAAAGAUUAAAGCCUACCUCGAGAGGUCAGUCGAACCAGUAUCGAGCUGGGUUACAUGGUCUAUCUAUAUGUUUGGUAAGUCGGAGAACAGUGCCAGCCCAGCCAUCCUGUUUUGCUGCGAAGUCGUUGCGCAUCGCAAACAGGUGAGAAAUGCAAUCAAAGACAGCGGCAUUCUCAAUGAGUUCCCUGGUGUUAAGACGGCACACAUGGCUCGACCGCCCGACUUCAAUCAGCUCGUUCAGUUGGCAGACGAGUCAUAUGACUAUCGACCUGUCCUUGCGUCUCUUGAGAGUAACCCAUGCGGGAUGCCGUUGUUCGUUGAAGCAAGCAUAGGUGAAGAGACUUAUUACAAACAAGCCACCGUCGGUGGCAUCAUCCAGCUGUCGGACAAAUUCUACUACACCACAGCAGGUCAUGUGCUCAGCCGCGACACGGCCCCGGGCUACACAGAGGGCCAAGUCAGCGACGACGAAUUUGAGAUUGACGACGACGAUGAUGAGGUGGAAUCGUCAGCCUGUGAGAAAAAUUGGUUGGCACAGGCCCACGACGUCGCCAUGAGCCCGCCAUACCCAAGCUCGGCUGAGAGCAGGAUGCUCCAGCUACCAUUCUCACCGAACGUGCAAGAUAUGCAAGCAACACAGGAGGGGUCGAAAUGCAAGAACCGUCGUGUUGUCGAGAAAGGGCCUUCACUGAACACUUUCCUGCCUCCACAAAGUCUAGGACAUGUCUAUCUGUCCUCCCUCGACGAACCACCGUCUGGUCUUGACUACGCCCUGAUCGAGGUGACCAGGCCCAUUCACUGCACCGCGAACAAGAUCGCCGUUUCCUCAUCUUCUGUAAAUGUCGAAUCCGAGAUCCAGCACGUCGUCACAGACGGCCCCAAGGACGUCAAGAUCUUGGGCUCCACGUCGAGAGGAACACUUACAGGAGUCAUGUCAGGUACUCCCCUGUACGCCCGACUCCCCGGCAGCAGUCUGUACCAGGAGGGAUACAACGUCCUCUUGGACUCGCGGUUAGAGGCUGGGGACUGUGGCUCCUGGAUCAUUGACGCCGAGUCUGGGGACUUGUAUGGACACAUUGUGGCUGGGUCACCGGAUUCAGGUGCUGCAAUUGUGAUACCGUUUUCUCGUGUAUUCGAUGACAUAGAAGCGCGAGUGAAGCAUUCCCCUCAUCUGCCUCUCACUGGAGCCACAUCGCUAUACAACUUUGAUAAAAAACUAGACCAUGUUACGCAUCUGCAACACGCAAAGUCCGUCACGGCAUCCUCUUCUGAAACGCCAUCGGGGAACGACCAAGACUGGAUCCGAGACUUGGGAAGUCGAUUUGAGAGCCAGUGGCGGAUCAAACUAUUGGAUGAACUGAAGCUAUCACGGACUGGCCGUCGCCAAGCUACUAUUGAACAAGCAGUUUCAUCUACCGAGGAUGAAUCAACUCCGCCCUAUAGUCUGCCUACUGAGGGAGAGUCAUCUCCGCAGUACACUGCAACUGGCAAUGGAAAAGCAUUACUACCACCAUCCCAAAACCGGAGACCAGCGCGGACACCAUUGUUCCCCCAGCCUCCAAAUGUAAACGACCAGAGGUCCAAAAGGUUCCGUAACCUUCUGAUGACCCUCUCCCUGACCCCAGCGAAGUACGAGAACCCAGGGUUACUUGACGAGGCUCUGGCCAGCAUCCCGCUGAAGAGACUGUACAGCGAAGCUGAAGAAGAGAGCAUGAUAUUCCAGGCCCAGGCAGAAUCAUAUGGAGAUGGACGGCAGCCAGAGUGGGGUUACAGCGACUGCAUCAUCCGUGCAAUGCUGCAAUGGUUCAAACACUCUUUUUUCAGUUGGGUCAACAAUCCACCAUGUCCGACAUGUUCAUCCCCAACGCUUGCUCAAGGGCUCACUGCGCCGAGCUCGGAAGAGUCAGCUUGCAGUGCCUCGCGUGUCGAGCUCUACAGAUGUUCAAGGAGAGACUGCCUAGCAUACGUGCGAUUCCCCCGAUACUUAGAUGUAUGGAAGCUACUCCAGACCAGACGAGGGCGAGUCGGUGAGUGGGUGAGCUGCUUCACGAUGCUGUGCCGGGCCAUGGGCGCCAGGGCGCGGUGGGUGUGGAACAGCGAAGACCACCUUUGGACAGAGGUGUACUCGGAGUACAGGAAGAGAUGGGUUCAUGUUGAUCCAUGCGAGGGCGUUUUCGAUGGCCCAAAAUUAUACAGCGAAGGUAAGUCAUCGCACUCGAGAUUCUCACAAGCAUUGCCCGCCCCAAGACACAGCACUGACGUUUCGAACUUAGGCUGGGGAAAGAAAAUGGCAUAUGUCAUAGCCUUCUCUACCGACGGAGCUACGGAUGUCACGCGACGGUAUGUUCGCAAGCUGGAGCACGCAGCGGAGCGAGAUCGUUGUCCAGAAGCCGUGCUGCUGUACGUCAUGAAUGAGAUAAAAAGCCUGCGCCGCGAAAAUAUGAGUGAGGAGGAAAAGAUUCGACUUGAGGAGGAGGACAGAUGCGAGCAGCGGGAACUCAAUGACUAUGUUGUUUCAAGCAUCACCGCCGACUUCAUGGCCACGGGAUGGGCUAAUGCUGAGGGUUCGUCACGAUUGCUCAAGUCAACGGGAGAGGAGUUGAAGCACAGUCCGAAGCAGGGGAGUGGAGGAGUGGAAGAGGGACCUUUGGUUAUCCCUUAG